AGAGCACUGACAAAGACUUGGCGAAUUCCAUCCUUGAUGUGGAAGACUUAGUCAAAUUUGGAAACAAACAGAGGGUCUGUCCUUACUACCUCUCCCGUUCAUUGAAACAGCAAGCAGAUGUCAUUUUUAUGCCGUACAACUACCUGCUGGAUCCAAAGAGCCGCAGGGCUCACAAUAUUGAGCUAAACGGAGCUGUGGUCAUCUUUGAUGAAGCUCACAAUGUGGAGAAGACAUGUGAAGAAUCAACAUCAUUUGACCUGAGUCUCUAUGAUGUAGCUUCAGCCGUUAAUGCUGUGGACAGGCUGCUGGUGGAGAAGGCUAAAGAUGUCAGCCAUGGAGACUCUGCCACUGAGGACUUCAAUGUAGAAUCCCUCAACUCUGGUUUAAAAAUGGACAUAGCCACCAUUGCUAGAAUCAAACAGAUACUGCUGGAUCUGGAAGCUGUCAUCGAUUCUUAUGAUGUUCCAAGUGACAAAGGCAUCACGAAACCUGGAAUCUUCAUCUAUGAGCUGUUGGAGAGAGCCCACCUGACCUACAACAGCAAGACGGCUGUCUAUGAAGCUCUGGAGCAGAUCAGUACAUUCUUAGCAGGACAGCCAGGAAUAUUCCUGAACACAAGUGGACUACAGAAGCUGGCUGAUAUCAUACAGCUGGUGUUCUGUGGUGAACCAUCAGAAAAAGAAAGACAACAGCAAAUGCAGUCCAAUACAGCUCAUUUUAAGGUCCAUAUCCAUCGAGACACCAGCUAUCACAAGAAAAAACAAAGCACUGAUGUGUGGGCUUCAUCUUCCUCAAAGAAACAAGGCAACAUCCUGAGUUACUGGUGCUUCUCUCCUGGCUUCAGCAUGCAGGAUCUGGUGAAUCAAGGUGUUCGCUGCAUCAUUUUGACCAGUGGUACUCUCUCUCCCCUCUCCUCAUUCACCUCUGAGAUGAGGAUAGAAUUCCCAGUGAGUCUGGAGAACAGCCAUGUGAUUGAGCGGGACCAGAUCUUUGUUAGCGUCAUUGACCGAGGCCCAGAUGGAGUGCAGUUAAGUUCAGCGUUUGAUAGAAGGUUUGUUCCUGAAAACAUGGCAUCUUUAGGCAACACUGUUGCCAACCUGAGCCGUGUGGUACCUCAUGGUCUCUUAGUUUUUUUCCCUUCCUUCCCUUUAAUGGAAAAAACCCUUGACUUCUGGAGAGCUACUGGACAUGCAGAUCGCAUUGAGAACGUAAAGCCUAUGUUUGUUGAACCUAAAGGAAAGGGAACCUUUACUGAGAUUAUUGAUGGAUAUUACAACAAAGUCAAUGAUCCAGCAUCCAAAGGGGGAUCUUUCUUUGCUGUGUGUCGAGGGAAGGCUAGCGAGGGUCUGGAUUUUGCAGACACUUUUGGUCGGGGUGUCAUCAUCACUGGCCUUCCUUUCCCUCCAAAGAUGGACCCUCGAGUCAUCUUGAAGAUGCAGUUCUUGGAUGAGAUGUGUCGGAAGAAAACUCCUGGGCUGAAGUACCUGUCUGGGCAGCAGUGGUACAGACAGCAGGCUUUCCGAGCAGUGAAUCAGGCUAUCGGGAGAGUCAUUCGCCACAAGGACGACUAUGGAGCCAUCUUCCUGUGUGAUCAGAGGUUUAAAAUGUCUGGAUGCCAGGGCUCAGCUUCCAUCGAUGGGGUCAGGCCGUAUGUGCGUCUCUAUGAUGGCUUUGGGAAUGUGGGUCCCGUCGAUGUCUCUCAGUUCCUUCAGGGUUGCACCAGAACCAAUUGUAGGCCUGUGGUAGAGAAGAAGGCUGCACCAGAGAGCUGUGGAACAGUGUGUUUACCACACACUCAGUCCUCUGCCCUCACUUCCUGCUCAUCCUCCCAAAGCUCCCAUACCCAGAAGGCCAAGGUGCUGGAUGCCCACCUUCCCAGUCUGAAGAGGAGGAGACUCAAUGAACACACAGGAGCCAAGGGGAUGGCCAGUAUCUGUAUUGAGUAUGAGUGUGAGGUGCAGGAGAGUCAGAGGAGACCAGCCAACCUGCUGGAUGCUCUGGAACGAGGUGACCAUUGCAGUGCAGAGGACGAUGAUGCUGUUGUGGGAGAGGAGAAGGCAAAUCGUUUGUCCACACUUUCUCUUCAAUAUGACAAGAGGAUGGAUGAUGAAUUGCGGGGAGGCAAACGUAAAAUCAAGUUGGUCCAAGAACAGAAAAUGAGCAGGUUGGAGGAUGUGUCUGAGGAAGGUAAAGCAAGCAGGGCGAAGAAUUUUCUGGCAGAGAUGAAGAAGUCACUGAGCCAGGUUACCUUUGACCGCAUUGUACAGGCUCUGCAGACUUACAAGAAGACAGACAACCUGGACGUCCUGCUGACUGAGACAGCUGUCUUAACUGAAGACACUAAUACUCAUAGUCUGCUCCGGGGUGUCUACCAGUUUGUUCGCCCACAUCAUAAAAAGAGGUUUGAUGCGAAAUGCCAUGAGCUGACUGGGCAGGGCUGUGGAUUCAAACCUGAUCAAUCUCUGGCUAAGGACAAGAAGAAAGCACUGAUGCUGUACAGCGGUGCUCAGAGAAUAUGA